UCCAUCACAUGAAUCAUGUAGUCAGUUAGUCAAACUUGCAAGCCAACCGUGCCCCCCUGCAGAAACAAAUGCUAUACGUUCUCGAUGAAACUCAAUCAACCUCCAUACUCCACAUUACUUAGCUAUGGUGUUCAGAGCUCUGCCUUCUGCUGUUCUCCUUCAGAUCACAGUAAUAUCACUGCUCAUUAUCCCAAUCUUCACUCACUCUCAUAACACCACCUCCGCUGCCUCUUCAGACGACGAGUUUUGCUCUCUUUUCAAGUGUGGUGGCAUCACUUUCCCCUUCCCUUUCUCCUCUGCUCUCACCUUCGGUUUAGCUCCUCAAGACUGUGGCCUCCCUGGCUAUCAGAUCACCUGCGACGAAACCUCAUCUCUCUCCGGCAUCGUUCUUUCUGGCAGGCUUUACCAAGUGAAAAACCUUUUUCUAUCUGAGAGACUCAUCACUGUCAUUGAUAUCCAACUUAUCAGAGACUUGAAGGCUGGCUCUUGCACUUCUUUACGUAAUCUCACAAUAAUGCCUAGUGCUUACAUUCCUCCUCUUAGCCUCCCUCAUUGGGCCAUUAAUAUUUCUUUGUUUCAGUGUCCUAGCCAGCUGAAACUUCCACAGGAGUUUCUUGAAAAAGUGGUGAGUAACGUUACUUGUAGCGGCGGCGAUGCGCUUUAUCUAUGGCAGAGUGGGAGUCAGUUUGAUCCACCAAGACUCAGCCCUCCGUUAAAACUGAAGGGUUGCAGUUUGAUCAGGGUUCCUGUGUCAAUUGCUAGCUAUGGGUUCUUGAUCAAUAGGAAUAGGAAGCAUAGGAUUGAGCUGGUUGAUUUGUUGGCUGAUGGGUUUCCUUUGACUUGGCCAAAUUUUGAGGAAUGCGAUAGCUGCAAUGCCACAGGUGGACGGUGUGGAUUUGAUGGUAAUUUAAGGAGAAUUGUUUGCUUCCACGGAAAGAAAAUUUUGAAGAAAUGCCAGAAGAAAUGGAUAAAGUGGAAGAUCAUUAUAGGUAUUGCAGCAGGAUUUGCAGCCAUUGUUGUUAUUAUUCUAGCCUGGAGAAAACGAAUUUUUCUUACCAUGAUACACACAAAGAGUCAAAGUACAGAAGAAGGAAUAAAUGCUAAGCGGUUUAUUAAAACAUAUCGAUCAGGUUUACUAACCAACUACACCUACAACGACAUCAAGAAAAUGACCAAAGGUUUCAAAGAAAAAUUAGGUGAAGGAGGAUGUGGCAAUGUCUUCAAGGGAAAAUUGUCGGACGGUCGACCUGUUGCGGUGAAAUUGCUGGAGAAAUCUAACAACAUAGGCCAUGAUUUUGUCAAUGAAGUUGCCUCCAUUGGUAGAAUACACCAUGUUAAUGUUAUAAGCUUACUGGGUUUCAGCUGUAAUGGUUCAAGACAAGCUCUCAUCUACGAGUACAUGCCUAAUGGAUCAUUAGCAGACUUGUUGUCCGAUGAAGAGUUCUGUCUUUCGUUAGGAUUGCCGAGGAUGCUUGAAAUUGCCAUAGGAAUUGCUCAUGGGAUAGAGUAUUUGCACAAUGGUUGUGAAUCACGAAUACUUCAUCUCGACAUAAAGCCUCAGAAUGUGUUGCUAGAUCAGAAUUUCAAUCCCAAAAUUUCAGACUUUGGGUUGGCAAAAAUAUACUCUCGAAGUCAAAGUGCAGUGUUCAUGACAAGCGCAAAGGGAACAAUUGGCUACAUUGCUCCGGAGAUUUUCAUGAGAAAUUUUGGGAAUGUUUCUCAUAAGUCCGAUGUUUAUAGCUUUGGGAUGUUGUUACUAGAGAUGUUCGAAGGGAAGAAUCGUAUCGAACCGGCCACAACCACUUCAAGUGAAGCAUAUUUCCCAAGUUGCAUAUAUAAGCUGGUUGAGCCAAAAAAUUUGGAGUCUUAUGUAUCUAUGACAGAAUACGAGGAUGCUAAAACAGUAAGAAAGAUGGUUAUGGUAGGUCUAUGGUGCAUUCAAAUAAACCCUAAAGAACGUCCGUCAAUGACAAGAGCGUUAGAAAUGCUAACAGGGGAUGUAGAUGCCAUUGAAGUGCCUCCAAAACCCUUAUUGUUUUCUCCUCCUCGUUUGCAACAGGAAAUUGAUAUUGCUUCCAUUGAUGAGAGUGAUAUCAGUGAAUUGACUUUCACUUCAAACAGUUACGAGAUAGAGAAUUGAUUAAGAGACUACACAAGAGAGCUCAAAAUUCUUGUCAUUGAAGAUCCAUACGUGGAAUAUGCAAAAGAUGUAGGUCGAUAAGUUUUGUGGCGAAAAAAGUAAAUAUUAGCUUAAAGCCAAAUUUGUGCCAUAUUCGAUCUCUUUAUUUUUGCUUUGGAUGAGAAUUUCAUACUCUUCACUUACAAAUUGUGAGAAAUUAUGUAUAUAUCAUUCAGUAUAUUACAUUUCAUAAAUAUGAAUAAUUUUUGUUUAAA